AUGGACUAUGUCGGCCAUGGCCGCGGCGAUUUCGAUAAGGAGAAGGUGACCGUGAGCUCUGGUGUCCGGUUCCGCUCCAUCUGUGCGGUGCUCCUUUGCUUCCUGCUCUUCUUAAUUCUAGGGCUUCUGCUCUACCUCUUCUGGCCUUUCAACUUCUUUCAGACGGGAGCUGACGAAAUGGACCCCUGCAUGACGGGCACCGUGGGCGCCAUGACGGUCAUGCAGAGGGAGGCCUGCUGCGCGCAGGGCAAUGUAGCCUUCUGCGCCACCACGACGAAAGCGCCCGUGAUCAUCCACGACAA